ACGAUUCGUGCACAAGCAACAAUUAUUGCGGCAUGCUGCAGGAACCGUUUUAGGCAGCAUGGCUUCGGUUCCGGAUAUCAUCAAGGUACAGCGCACCGUUCAUGAUCCUUCGAAUCCGCUGGUAUAUUUUGAUGUGAAAAUCGGAGACGAGAGCGUUGGCCGAAUCGUGAUAGAACUACGGGCGGAUGUUGUACCACGGACAGCGGAGAACUUCCGUGCUUUGUGCACGGGAGAGAAGGGCACGGCAGCAGCCAGCGGAACUCGGCUCCACUACAAGGGCAGCCAAUUCCAUCGGGUAAAAUCCCUGUUCAUGUCCCAGGGCGGCGACAUCGUGAACUUUAACGGUACCAGUGGCGAAAGCAUUUACGGGGAUACCUUUGAGGACGAAAACUUUCAUCUAUUGCAUGAAGAUGGUGCAGUAUCGAUGGCCAACCUUGGCAAACCUCACACAAACAAUUCCCAAUUUUUCAUCACCUCCGGCGAGUGUCCGCAUCUUAACGGAACGAAUGUGGUCGUCGGGUACGUGAUACGCGGUGGAGGCAUUAUCGGAGAGAUGGAACGAAACUCCAGCGAAGAAGGGGAACCACUUGUACCGAUCGUGAUUGAAAAUUGCGGUCAAAUCGAGACAGGCAACGAUUGGGGCAUACACGACAGCGACGAUGAGUUCGAUCGGUUACAACCGUUUCCGGAGGAUUGGGAGAAAUUUUAUGAUUCCUUUACGGUUGUUGAAAUGCUGCAGUACCUGAACUCGAUACGGAACGCUGGCAACAGAUUCUUCCGGGAUGGAGAUGAUGUUCGUGCGAAUCGGCGCUACAAAAAGGCGGAACGUUACUACAACUUCUUCACUAACCAACUCAAUCGACAGUACCCGCGUGAGCGCCAGACACAGCUGGAGCAGUUCCAACUGCUGAACUGCCUCAACCAGGCCGCGGUACGUUUACGGUUGAAGGAGUACGCGAACGUCGUGCACGCAUGCAAUGUCGCACUAGCGAUCGAUCCUGAGAACACGAAGGCCCUUUACCGACGCGGAUUGGCACAGAACGAAAUGCGUAACUACGAGCGAGCACUGGAUGAUCUGGGUAGGGCACUGCAGCGACUACCAGAGGACAAGCUCAUACAGAGUGAAUACGAACGGACACGUAAGAAUUUGCUCAAUUACACGCAGCAGCAACGGAAAGCACUCUCAAAGCUGUUCACAUAAAUCCUGUCCCACGUCCCUCUCUCCGUUCGAUGUCUAAAUUAAUGUGUCCAUGAUCAUGUCCAUCGUGCGUGUAUGUCGUGGUGUUUGUUGAAUGCUUCUCUAACUUUGAUGUAAAUAAAUGUUGCAAACGGCAAACUGAUCCGGAAUCCCGAGUCU